CGAGAAGGAAGAAAGAACGAACAUGAACCCCAACAUGUUCUCGAGCUUCACGGGUCAGAUAGGACCCGCCGCUGAAAAAUCCACCCCCGUCCAAUUCGGCACCGGAAUUCGCCGCCCUCCUCCUCCGACGACCGCCCCUCCUUUUCCCCACUCCGCCCCUCUCCGAUCUCCUCCUCCUCCCAGUAAACCUGAAGCUCUAGGGCAACCCCGAUCGCCGCAGUUGGUAUUUCAAGGUUCUCAUCCUGGUGCAAGUAAUUCUUACCGACCUGCAGGGGGAGUGCAAAGGUCCCCUGAACCUCUUCUUAGUUGGAAUGGUGCUCAGAGACCAUUGUCAAAAAAUAAUGAUGCCAAGGUUCAUCAAAGGCCAUCUGCCGUCACAUCAUUUGUUGUUUCUCGUAAUUCUGACACUAGUGUUACAGCCAAGGUUUCCAGGUUCCAGGACAUGCGAGGGAACAGAUCCCCUCCCUUUGUAUCAAGAGAUAUAAAUAUCAGAAAUUCUCCUCAAAGUGUCCCAAGAAGUCAUAUAGUUCCUCCAAGAACUCAAUCACCUACCUCGACUUCAUAUAACUCUCAGCCUGUUCAGGAUUUCAAUCGUGUAGGUGGAGAUGAAGGACACUUGGUUCCUCCAAGAUCACAGUCACCUCCCUCAUCAUCUUAUAACCAUCAUCCUGUUGAAGAUUUUGAUUGUUUUGGUGGAGUUGAAAGUCACUUGAUUACUCCACAAUCACGAUCACCUCCCGCAGGCUCCUAUAACCAUCAUCCUGUUGAGGACUUUGAUCAUCCUGGUGGAGUUGUAGGAUUGCAGGCUUAUCAAGAAUCAUCUCGAGUAUCACCUUCUGUCAGCCCUUUUGACUCUGGUAGAAGAACUCCUGUGAACUAUGAUGACGUCCAAGUCCUGAAACGAGCUAGGCCUUCUGUAUCUCCUAUGCGGCCAAAUGCCACUUCAAGUGCAAAUUUCAGUACUCACGAUUCGCGGGUUCAGCAAAAGUCUCGGCAGUCUCCAAAAAAUUCCUUUUCUGAAGCUGCUGCUAACAAUUGGACUGCUAUACCGGUUGCCAAAAGAAUGAUGUCGCCUCCUUUACUUCCUGAGGGAAAUUCAUAUGCCACUCAAGAUGAUACUGAACGAGAGAUGCAAGCAAAAGCAAAGCGAUUAGCCCGCUUCAAGGUUGAGUUAAACAGAAGCCCACAGAAUGGUAAUGAUAUGGUAGAGCAAGGGAUUUCUGCGAUUAAAAGUGAACUAUCUAGUGUUGAGAGGAACCGAUCACUUGCAUAUAGUUCUACUCAAUUGCCGAGGGAUGUUACUGAUGGCAAUUCUGUAUCCGAGAGCGAAGGUGUAGAAUCAUCUGGUGUCAUUGUUGGUGUAUGCCCAGAUAUGUGUCCAGAUUCAGAAAGGGCAGAGCGAGAAAGGAAAGGUGACCUUGAUCAGCAUGAACGUGUGGAUGGGGAUAGAAAUCAAACCAGCAUGUCCCUUGCUGUUAAAAAGUAUAACAGGACAGCUGAGCGGGAUGCAAACCUGAUAAGACCGAUGCCAAUCCUGCAGAAGACAAUGGAUUAUUUGCUCAAUUUACUAGAUAAACCUUACAGUAAUCGAUUUCUUAGCAUGUAUAACUUUUUGUGGGACAGAAUGCGGGCCAUCCGAAUGGACCUAAGAAUGCAACACAUCUUUAACCAAGAGGCUAUUAAUAUGUUGGAGCAAAUGAUAAGACUUCACAUAAUUGCGAUGCAUGAAUUGUGCGAAUACUCAAGAGGAGAGGGGUUUGCUGAAGGAUUUGAUGCUCACCUCAAUAUUGAGCAGAUGAAUAAAACAUCGGUAGAAUUGUUCCAAUUGUACGAUGAUCACAGAAAGAAAGGAAUAAAAAUUCCUACAGAAAAAGAAUUUCGAGGUUAUUAUGCGCUUCUCAAGCUGGACAAGCAUCCUGGGCAUAUGGUUGAACCUGCUGAGCUCUCGCUUGAUCUUGCAAAGAUGACUCCAGAAAUAAGACAAACUUCAGAGGUGCUAUUUGCACGUGAUGUAGCAAGAGCAUGUAGAACUGGUAAUUUCAUUGCCUUCUUUCGACUUUCAAGGAAAGCAACUUAUCUCCAAGCGUGCUUGAUGCACGCUCAUUUUGCAAAGUUACGGACUCUGGCACUUGCUUCUCUACAAGCAGGUCUCCAGAAUAACCAAGGUCUCCCUAUUGCUGAUGUUGCCAAGUGGCUAGCCGUGGAGGAAGAGGAAAUCGAAAGCCUUUCAGAAUAUCAUGGAUUCCAGAUGAAAUCGUACAAUAAAGAAGUAUAUAUUGUAAAGGAAGGUUCAUUUCUAAAUGGCGAUGAAGAAUAUCCUACAAAGUGUUCUAAACUUGUGGACACAAAAAAAUCAAGGACGAUAAUCAAGGAUGUUUUAUCUUCUGGUCAAGUCGCAUGCUUACCUGUGGAAGCUUCAAAAGAUAUUCAGCUGACUAUACCAAACAAGAUUGGAAUAAAAACUGCUUCAUAUGAUGAAAGGAAAAGUCUUGUGCAGGAUAAACCAUCUAUUCCAGUAGUAAAUCCCAUCCUUGAAGUUGAUGUAGAAAUGCGCAAUUAUGAAGUUGUUUCAUCCCCAAAAGAUACCAGUCCAAGGCAGAAAAUAAUUCCAACUGCAAUUUUUUCCCCCCAAAUAGAUGUCAGACAAAAGCAGCAGAUGAUUCAAACACCAAUAGCUUUGUCCCUAAAUGAUAGCAGAGUAAAGCAGCAAGUGAUUAACUUGCCAUCUGUUGGUCGUUGCCCUACAGAUGAUAAUCAGAUGGUGUCUGUUUCUUCUUUCCCGUGGGAUCUCUCAUAUAAACCCCAACCUUACAAAUUUGGUUUAAAUGAUAAGGCGAACAAAGAUGCUUUUUACAGUGACUCUCCAGAGAAAAGCAUGCAUUCUGAUUUGGAAGCAAUACCAUUGCAGAUUGUGUCAAAAACAUCUCUGCAUUCUCCAGUUGGUACAUAUAGUUACGAGGAAGAAUGUUCAGUAGGCCAAAUUGUGUCUAAUAACUUGGACAAUGAGAAUCUUACAGAUCUUCCUCAGGACGGAAAUCAUCGACAGGAGGAAAUUGCCGAGGCAAAACUGAAGCUGAUCUUUAGGUUAUGGAGGCGGCGCUCUGUGAAGUUUAGGCAACUGCGAGAGCAAAAGCAGAUGAUUGCAAAUGCUGCAUUGAAUUCUUUAUCAUUGGGACCACCAAUUCAACUGAAAAGAGUUCCACCGUGCAUGCCUGGUGACUUUGACAUUGAUCGAAUUUUGAGGGAGAGACAUCAAAAGCAAGGCCAGUCCUGGUCUAGUCUUAAUGUUUCAGAUGUAAUAGCAGAUACACUACGCACAAGAAACCAGGAUGCCAGAUGCCUGUGCUGGAAAAUUGUUGUAUAUUCUCAGAUGAACAGUAUAGAAGAUGAUGAACUCAGGCAAAGGAAUCAUGCCCUGGAAGCAGCACCCUGGUUGCUUUCAAAGCUCAUGCCUUUGGAAAACAACGACGAGGAUCUCCUAGUUUCAUCGCCUGGCAUGUCGAUAUGGAAGAAAUGGAUUGAAGGCCAAUCUGGUUCAGAGCUGGCCUGCUGUUUAUCUGUUGUUAAGGAUGCAAACAGUCAAAAUCUGAUUGAGUCUGUAUCUGGUACAAGUGCACUUUUGUUUCUUGUAUCAGGAAGCAUCCCUUGGAAAUUGCAAAAAGUCCAGCUCAAUAACCUUCUGAUGUCAGUACCGUAUGGCUCCUGCUUACCUCUUCUGAUUCUAGCUGGUUCAUUCAAGAAUGAUGUUACAGAUCCUUCCUCCAUUAUAGUUGAGAAUAUGGGUCUCCAAGAUUUGGAUAUGUCCCAAAUAAGCAGCUUUCGGAUUGUUUCUCUUCUAGAAAAUCAGAAAAGAGAGCAACUGGAUGGGUUCUAUAGUGACAACCGACUGAGGGAUGGACUCAGAUGGCUUGCAAGUAAAUCACCUCUUCAACCCAUUCUUCACCAUGUGAAAACACAUGAAUUGAUUCUGACAUACCUGAAUUCUUCAUUGGAGGCACUCGAGAAAAUGAAAGAUUAUGAGGUGGGUCCAAAUAACUGUAUCCUAGCCUUCAAUGAAGCUUUAGAUCAGUCACAGAGGGAAAUUGCUGCUGCUGCUGCUGAAGCAAAUCCUGCUUGCAUGCCUUGCCCUGAGAUUGCUUUGCUGGAGGAAUUCAGUGAAGAACACAAGCUGGUGAACUGGUGCUUGCCAAGCAUAGGAUGGAGUUCAGUGGCAAAAAUAGAACCACUAAUCUCAGCUCUAGGGAGUUGUAGACUUCCCCCUUUUCCUAAUAGUAUCUCAUGGUUGCCCAGAUGUUCGAAUGCAAGGAAGGAGAUCGAAAGCCUGAGAGUUGAACUUGAAAAUGGCUUGAUGGGGUACCUUGCAGAUUCGAAGAUGAUGGGACUUGCACUUGCUAUAAAAGAGGCACAUGUAAUGCUACAAAGUAGUUGUCGACUUGAGUGCCACGACUCUUGCUGCUACAUUGUGCCUAAGUGGACAACGAUUUUUCGUAGAAUCUUCAAUUGGCAGUUGAUGGGAUUGGCUACCGGAACAUCCUCUUCAGCUUAUGUCCUGGAGUGUCCUCAUUUCAGUUCAACUUUUGGGAGCCUGGGUAAAUUGAGGCUUGAAGAUAGUGAACCUUCGGCAUAUCAUCUCAAUCAGCCGACUCUGGAUGAAGUUAUUGAAGUUUUCCGUAGCCCUCUAAUGUUUCAUAGAGAUCAGCCCUUGCAAGAAACUGAUCUGAAUCUUCCGGAGACAUCUCCUAAUGGUUCAGUUCAUGAGACUCCCAGCACAUAUGAUCUUAUGGAUGAUGACACACGCUUAACCAAUGAUAUAGAGGAUCUACAUCACGUAAAUAGAGAACUAGGAGUUGGUGGCAGAGAAAUGGUGGUGACUGGAAAAGAGACCAAGGAAGAUGAUAAAUUGAGUAUAUUGUUGGAGCAGUGUAACAUGUUGCAAAGUGUGAUAGAUAAGAAGUUGUCCAUUUAUUUCUAACCUGUUAAUAAUCUUGUAACAAUUUUGUAAUUGGUGUAUUUUAGCUACUGCAACGGCUGUAUGACCUUGACAUUAUUUUUUAUACAUGAGGGAAUGGUGAAUUUUCAUUCAUUUAUUUAUUUA